UUUGGAGUUGUGGAGGGUCUAACUGCUGUGCUAUAUCGAGUAUAAGAAUUGAUCACGCGCCUUGCGAAAUUGCGACCAAUCCGCGCUACCCGGUAACCUGAACCUUCGCCCACGCGUCACUCGCGGAACCAAUGAGCUCGGAGGCUUCGAAUUCGCUAGUGUUUGACCACCUUAGUAGAAUAAUACGAGCCUCUUAUUGCCGAUCUCUCAAGAGCCUCGUAGAAUGAUAAGAAGAGUUGAGAUUUGAACCAGCGAACUGUUUCGUGGGGUCAUUUACCCGUUUUACAUGUAAGGUCUGCUGACUUGCGCGUAGGUGGUGGGUGUUGCAUUAGCGCGUCCGCGCAGCCCCGCGCGUCAUGGGGAAAGGCGGAGCGGGCGGCGGGGGAGCGGGGAGGGGCGGAGGAGGAGGGUCUGCGGGGAUGGGCGGAGGCGGGGGAGGGGGCGCGGGCGGAAGUGCGGUGCGCGUGUGUGUGUUUGACUCGCGGCGAGGGAAGCGGGAGGGGGAAGAGGCGGAGAAGCUUCUGUUCUUCUUCCCGCCCGCCACUCCACUGUCGGAGCAAGUGGCGCUGCUGGGAUUAUGGGAGGGACUGAUCGCCUUCACCAGGAUCUUCUCCCCCCAUCGCCCCUGCCAAGUGAUGCGAGCGCACUUCCACCGCCACGUGCUGCUGGAGUGCGAACCGGGCAUCUUCAUGGUCAUGGUGGUGGAGUGUCGGGGGGUCAACGGCGUUGUGCCGCCCGACGCUACAGUGCGCGACGAGGCUCUCCGGCAGUAUCUGGGGGAGGCGCAUGCGCUUUUCUGCCUUUUCUUUGCCAGCAUCGACCGCUUGUUGUCGGAGCAAGCCCGCUCUCCCUCCACUGAUCCCCCCUCAGCCGACUUAGCCCGCGCCUGCCUGCAAGCCUUUCUCCCGGACUUCCUCACAGGCGGAUCUCCAGAGCCCUCCUCUCUCGCCUUCCCCUUCUCCCUCUCCUCCGCCGCCUCGCCUCGUGUCCGCCUGCCUGUGCUCCUCGACUCUCUCUCCAACCGCCUCGCCUCGCGCCACCUGAAUCUGCCGCGCUCGUUGACGCUCCCCUCCUUGUCUUUGGCUCAUCGCCUGGCCGACGCCUUUCAAGGGGGUGCUCUGCUGCUCUGCCACAACCUGCUCCUCGCGUCUACCCUCUCCCCGGCCGACACUGCAGCACUGCACUCCUAUGCCUGUCUGCGCCUUCUCCCCUCAUCCCUCUCCCCCCCCUCCUCCUCGUCCUCAAUCCUCCGCUCCCUCUCUCCCUUCCGCUCCCCCUUCACCUCCUCCUCCUCCGCCGCCUCCUCCCCCUCCCCUCGCCGCACCUCCUCCUCUUUCCUCAGUCCCUCACUCACUCCCUCACUCACUCCUUCCUCCUCCUCCUCUCUCCCUCGCUCUUCCUCCACUCCCUCUCUCGCCAUCCCCUCCCCCUUCACCCACACUCCCCCGCUCUCCCCCUCCGCUUGCCCCCGCCCCAGCCAACCAGUUCCCCCUUCCCCCUCCGCUGCCCCUGCCCCUUCCAACCCCCCCACUUCAUCCUCCCCUUUCCCCCUCCCCUACUCCUCCCCUCCCUUGCCCCUCCGCGCAUCAUCCUGGACUAAAUCCACGUCAGGUCACUCCCUUUCCACGUCAGCAUGGGGGGUAGAUCCCCUAAACAACACUCCUCUCCCCCCUCUAGCCUAUUUGAGGUCUUUGGGGGUAGAGGUGAGGGGAGAAGGGGCAGAGGGAGGGGAAUGGGGAGAGGGAGGUGAGAUGGGAGCAAGAGGUAGGGGGGAUGAGGGGAACGAGAGGGGUGGGGGGAAGAAAUAUGGUCGGGAGGGGGAGAGUGGUGGUGGAGGGGAGAAGGAAGGAGGGGUGGUGGGAGUUCUGCGGGCGUUUUUUUUCAAAGAUUUGACAGCGCUCGUGGUGGAACCCCUGCCAGCAGCAGCAGCUGCUGCUGCUGCUGCAGGAGAGGGCUGGAGGGAUGGCAAUGCCAAAUCGGACCUUCACCCAGAGCCAUUCCCCAUCAGCUGGUGAGGGAGAUGGAGGCACGUGAA